AUGAAUAUUGCUCCUUCGGCAACUUACACUCGUUGUGGUGAUUUUGAAGAAACCAUCUUUCACUGCGUUCGUGACUGUAAAUUUUCCAGAUUUAUUUGGCAACAUCUUGGUUUCUCGGACCAUUCUUUCUUUGCGGCUGUAUGUGUCAGAGAUUGGAUCAAGGACGGUUUGAACGGUGCUAAUUCUAUCUUGUUCGCGGCAAGUUUAUGGUGGAUUUGGAGACACCGCAACUCAAUGUGUUUGAGCGAUGAAGCCAUGCCUCUCAACAGACUGACCUGGAACAUCAUGACUAGUGUAAACGAGGUAAAGCUUUGUUUCCAUCAGCAGCACCCAGUUGCCGAAUCUGUCAGACACAUCAGAUGGAAUAACAACAAUUUCGACUGUGCAAUUCUCAACGUCGACGGCAGUUGUAUUGGUUCUCCAACUCGGACAAGUUUUGGUGGUUUAUUUCGCAACAACGCAGGUUUCUACCUGCUAGGAUUUUCAGGUUCCCUUCCUUCAUCAGCAGAUAUUUUAGAAGCGAAACUGUCUGCAAUUUUUCACGGUCUUACUUUAGCUUUGGAUAACGGCAUUGAAGAGUUGGUUUGCUACUCGAAUUCUCUCCUUUCUAUCAACCUCAUAACUGGUAACUCUCCUAAGUUCCAUGUUCAUGCUGUUCUCAUCCAGGACAUUAAAGAUAAAUUGUCACAGUUGAAUUGUUCUCUCCAUCACACGCUUCACGAAUGGAAUCAUUGCGCAUAUUAUUUUGCCAAGCUUGGUGCAAGUUCUGAUGCAGCCUUACGACUUCACUCCUCUCCCCCUGAUGACCUACGGCCUUCUUUGAGGAAUGAUGCUACUGAGACUUUGUUCCCUAGACAUUAG